AUGCCGAAAAGACUCGUCGAAGUCCUUUGCGAUAGCGACAAGAAGCCCCAGCAAUGGCGAAUUGUGUUGGGGGCCGAUGUAGGAAGACCCGACUACCUGACUCUGAGCCAUUGCUGGGGAUUUGGUAAACAUCUUAGUCUUACGAGACAGAACUAUCAUGACUUGAUGGCGAUCUCACCUUGCUCUAUGCUACCGGCUACCUACCGCGAUGCCCUCUUUGUUACGACAGCUUUAGGAAAACGAUUCAUUUGGAUUGACUCCCUUUGCAUUACUCAAGAUGAUGAAGACGAUUGGAAAUCUCAAUCUUCCGUCAUGGGGUCCAUCUAUAAGCACUCUGCCUGCAACAUCGCUGCUCUCUGGGCAGAGGGUAGUUUAGAUGGUUGCUUUGCGCCUAAAGAGAGGACGACCUUUAUCUCUUUGGGGUCAGAAGAGUUCUCAGUUCAACAUUUCCUUUACGAUGCGCCCUUCCACCAGGAAGACAUUAUGGAUGCACCUUUGAACAAAAGAUCAUGGGUGAUUCAAGAGCGUUAUCUAACAUCGAGGCAGUUAGGCUUUGCUAAAUCACAAGUCUACUGGGCAUGCCAAGAGCUUACCGCCUCAGAAGAGUUUCCUGCUGGCAUGCCCUAUGCACCAGCUGAGAUCAGGGUUGGGCAAGCGUCAGCUCUCUCACGAGGGGGCCCAACCAGCGAGAGUGAUCUAGCAUUGCGGAAAAGUUGGGCGGAUUUAGUGAAGGCUUAUUCAAGGUGUCAACUCACAUACUUGACCGAUAAGACGAUUGCCUUGGCCGGUAUAGCAGGAGAGUUUCGUACUGCCAAUAAUGACACGUACCUUGCUGGUCUGUGGAGGCAAAACCUGGAAGACCAACUGUGCUGGUCCCGUGACCGCGAGGAAUAUCCCUACCAAAGCCACGGCAUGACGCCCACAUACUUAGCUCCUACUUGGUCGUGGAUCAACCUCCAUGGACCCGUUGAAUAUGAUCGCGUCUACGCUCGCGAGUCUGUCCACACAAAACUCGUCGAGAUUCUAGAAGCUUCAGUCCAGUCAGAGGAUCCAAACGGACUACAUAGUUUCGUCUCUUCAAGACUACGUGUGCGAGGUAUUGCUUUGUGGGGCUGUCUCAAAGGCCGAGCGGAAGACCAGUUUGGUCUUGGCGGGUACCUCGACCGAACUUCCAAUUGGUUUACUCUUAACAAAGCUCUCGAACGUCCAGGAAAAGAUCCGCUGAGAUCUCCGACCGUUUCUAUUGAUUGGGACGAGUGCCAGCUAUCUCUUGCCAAGGACUCAGAUCACUAUCAGAGACUUUGGCAAGAACGCACGGGACAACUACUGAUCUUGCCGUUCAGUGUAAACCAAGGAACCUAUACACAUGGUCUCCUUCUCAGACGCCUUGACAGUACAGAAGACGAUGCUACCUGUGUUAGACUGGGUAUAGUUCAUUUGGAUGGAAUUGGUUUUGCUGAAUUUCUUUGGGAACAACUAGAGCUACCGCGUUUCUUUUCGGGAAUUAGCCAUAUUAAUCUUAACAACCUGAGUAUUGAAAGCCUUGUACAAGAGGUAACUAUCCAAUAA